AUGCGAAGACAAGUCAAAUUUCAGUUAUCAAGUAUCUGGGACAAAUCUAAAGUUAAUGUUACUGCAUUUGAAAGCUCCAACAAAUAUGCAUCACACCUACCUUCAUCAACGGAUGUUUCACUCUUUGCUAAAAACAAGCGAAUGAAACUUGCUGAUCCAGAUGAUUCAUUGUCGAACUUACCAAUUGAGAUUUUAAUCGGUGCAGAUUACUACUGGAUUGUUAUGAAUUCUGAAGCUCCAGUCAGGUUGUCGGAUUCUCUGGCCUUGGUCCCAUCAAGUUUUGGUUGGGUACUUAGUGGAACUCGAUCACACGCAACAGUUUCCUUCAUUUCAACGGUUCAUAAUGUUGAUGUGGAUACUUCAACUCAGGAAUUAGACAAUGUGGUACGAAAUUUCUGGAACUUAGAGAGCAUUGGCAUACAACCAACACAAGAAAAAAUAAGUCCUCACAACUCUGAACUCUUAACGAACUUUCAUCAAUCUUUUGAAAUCAUCGAUGGUAGAAGAGUUGUAAAAUUGCCUUGGAAACCAGAAGUUCAACUUUCGUCGAACAAUUAUGAAGUCGCAAUUCAACGAUUUAAAUCUUUAACAAGGAAAAUGCAUGCAAAUUCAGAAUUCAAAGAAAAAUAUAUUGAGCACAUGCAAGAUUACAUUGAUAAAAAACACGUUGAAGUUGUCUCAGAAACACAUAAUGAGGAAGGUUUAUAUUACUUGCCCCAUCACGCUGUAAAGAAAAUCACAAAUGGAGAAACUAAGUGGCGUAUAGUUUUUGAUGCAUCUUCACAUUCUCCAGGUCACCCAUCUUUGAACGACGCUCUUGAAGUAGGACCAAAUCUUCUUCCCGAUAUCUUAGCCACAUUGUUGAGAUUUCGACUUUCUAAAAUAGCAAUCACUAGUGAUGGGCGACAAGCAUUUCUGCAGCUGAUUCUAGCAGAAGAAGACAGAGAUGCAACACGAUUUAUUUGGUACAAUACUACAUAUACUCCUGAUGGGAAACUCUGCACUGAAGAUAAAAUUGUAACCUAUCGAUUCACACGUCUUCCAUUUGGACUCGUCUCUAGUCCAUUUUUAUUAGCAGCUUCUCUUCGUGAAUUGGCUACAAAACACAAACAAGCAUANUAA